AGAUUAAAUUAAAUUAACACUUCAUGACGAUUUAAAAAACUGCUAAUUAAACUAAGUUUGUGAAAAAAUAGGGCAUUGAAACCAUAUAAAAGUAGCUGGAAAUGUUUUUAGUACUUCAGUUUCAACGAAAAGAUAUUCGUAAAUAAUCUAAAAUGGAUUUUUUAAAAUUAUUCUCCAUCCUCAUUUUUGUUUUAGUUUUAAGAGUUGAAUCAAAAACUUAUCAACUUGAAUCUAUUCAACGACUAAAAAGAUCCCCACAAUUAAUAGGAGUUGGCAUUGGAUCUUUUGGAUAUGGUGGUUAUGGUCUUGGAUAUGGUGGAUUUGGUGGAUACGGUUAUGGAUAUCCACAUCAUCACCAUCAUCAUGAUUUCCAUGAUUUUCACGAUUUCGGUCAUCACCAUCACCAUGAUUUUCACGAUUUCGAUCAUCAUCACUUUUAAUCAAAAUAAAUUGUACAUUCGAAAUAAAUUUAUUUAAGAAUUAA